AAACUUUAACGAAAAAAAAUAUACAUGCAUCGGCCGGGAAUCGAACCCGGGCCGCCCGCGUGGCAGGCGAGCAUUCUACCACUGAACCACCGAUGCUUGGAUGCUGUGAACGGUGUCCUCUUUCUAAUAAUAAUUCAAUUCGAGAUGCAGUUACAAUUGAAAGUUAUAUUCUUUUAAUUAAAAAUCAAUCGCAAAUAAAACUGAUUGUUAUAACCAAUAACUUUGAUUCGCAAAACAGUCAUGGAGGUCGUAGACAGAUUGGCAGUUUUCCCGACAUCCAGCUCGCACACCAGUGUGAAAUGCCGUUUGAUUUGCGCUCGCAGGGGUCGCGAUUUGCUCGCGAAACGGGUUGAUGGUCUCUUAAUCCGAUUCCGCGAGAUUGCGUCGCAAUUACUUAAGAACAAAUCGCAACUCGGCCAAGUUAUGAGGGACGCGGCCUUCUCGCUGGUCGAAGUUAAUUACGCGACAGGUGGAGUAAACGAGCUGGUCCUGCAGGCGGUCGACAAGGCCAAAACCACGAUUCGAUCCAGGCAGGAGAUGAUCGGUGGGAUACGACUAUGGAUUUACGAGCCCUUCCGCAAUAACGGCGAUCCCUUCAAGUUUACCGGGUUGGCAAGAGGCGGUCAACAAGUGGCUAAAUUAAAGACGAAUUACGGGAAGGCGAUCGAUCUGCUGGUCGAAUUGGCGUCGUUGCAGCGCAACUUUCAAAUCCUCGACCGGGCGGUCAAGACGACGAGUCGUCGCGUAAACGCUCUUCGGCACAUUAUUAUACCGCGAUUAGAACGGACCCUCGCCUACAUCGUCACCGAACUCGACGAGUACGAACGGGAGGAAUUCUAUCGCCUUAAGAAGAUACAGGAAUGGAAGACGAAGCGACGUGACAGACGGUCCUCUCACGAUUUCACUCGAGGCUCGGACACCAACAUGCUCGACGACACGGAUGAGGAUCUUCUCUUUUAACGUCUACGACUAGUAGUGUUAUUGAUUUUCUAAAAAAUUAAAAUCGAGGAAAACAUUUAAUUUUUCCGUUUUUUCCUGAGAAAUAUGAGAAAACAAUUGUGACAAUAAGGUUUUUUUAAUUUAAAAAGAAAUAAAAUUGUGGAGAAAAUCCGCUUUUUCCUAUUUCCUUCAAAAAAUGUAGAAAAGUACAACUUUGACAAUGACAACAGAUUUUAUUAAUAAAGUUAUUUAUUAGAGCAAAGAAAAUCUUAAAACAAUUGAUAUAAUGGAAUAAAUCCAUUUAACACAGAGCAUUCCAAUAAUAUUGCAAUAAUUUUGGAACGUUUCUGCAAUAUUGCCGAAAUGUUCUGUGCUGUAUGGAAAAAGCAUUAUCUUAAAAGAAAAAGGCUGGAAAGACGGUAAAAGAAAAUCCGAGGAAAAAAACCGUUUUUUACCCAAAUUUCCAAAAGUUUCUCUAAGAACAUUGUUUGAGAGUGAAAUUCAAGGGCGGACAUGCAAUUCGAGAGUGCGCUUUCAAAUGCAGACAACGGUACGAAUGUCCAUUGAUGAAGCUAUAUUUCUUUUACAUAGUUCAAGCUAAUAAAUUCUUUACCCCCUUCGAGCGAAAAAGAAACAAGGAAAGAAGGAAGGCAGUCGCCCUGCAAUAAAUGCCGAAUCUCUAAACGAACAAGGAGAAAGCCGCCGAGGAAACGAGAGAAUACGAAAGAAGGAGAACCCGAGGAGCUCUGGGCCCAAUUAUACCAAGAAAAUACAGCCUGUAAAGGCAGCUUUAACCGCUGCCAAACAUCGGGAUAUGAUAAUGAGAGCGUGGACUGUCUGCUUCCCUCCCUCCUAAUCUACCCUCAACGAAUCUCGUAGAUGUAGCAGCUGCCGAAACGGGAGGAAUCCUUUCUCCGCGCAGAAAUGUUUACUUGCAGAUAGAUUUUUAUAUACAAACAUUUUUAUAAACAAAAAGAUAUCUUUUAGAUAUUUUGCCAUCUUGAGAUGUCUAAUUUUGUUGUUACAUGUGCGUCGAAAAUGCGUCUCUUUUGUGGAUAUCAUUUUUUGGUGGAUAAAGUCGCAGAUUUCAGCAUUUUGAUUAUUGAAUUGUUCUUUUUAGCUACACUGAUACAACAAGUUAAAGUAAGACAAAUAUAUUUUUUUUUAUCCUAACUUUAUUACACCAGUGCAGUAGAGUAGCAAAAAAGAACAGGCCAAUUAUUAUUGCACAGUCCUUGUCCUCUAAUAGAUAGCAUGAAUUAUGGUGAAAAACAUUCAAUGAUUUCUUCAACACGUUUCUACCGUUUCAAAAUCUUAUUAUAGACUAUUAAAAAAUUCGUGUAUACACUUAAUUAAUCGAUGGACAAUCGUUUUUAUAAAUCCGUUUCAUUUCACAGCUUU